CCCUAUUGUGUCAUUUAUUCAUUUCAUGUUUUUAUGCUGCAGAUUAGUUUAGGCGCCCGUUUGAUACAAAAAUUAUUAAAAUAUAAAUCAAGGCCUAAGAUUUAAGAAGACUUAUUUGACUAAACUAAACUGUUCUUUAGAUAAAAAAAAUUUACUUGAGUGUAGAUUCUAGAUCUAUACUUAUUAUUAAUUAUUAGUUACACUACCAAAAUAAUUGAAAAGAUGCUGUUUGGCUUAAAAUUCAGGUAUGAAAAUCCAGUUAAGCUCACUGUUCGAACACCUCUGAGGUUAACAAAGGCAGUGUUGGAUACAACAGAUGGAUCAAAUAACGAAAAUGAAAGAAUCCUUAUCUUUGCAAGCAAAGACAAUGUUGAUAACAUUGCCAUAUGUUCCCUUAGCUGUGUGAACGAUAAUGAUCUCAAUCUCCUUCUAACAUAUGAUGAGGAGGUAACCUUUAAACUGGAUAAACCAGGUGAAGUUUGGCUUUCUGGGUAUUAUAAGAUGGAUGAUUUGAACCUAGAUGAGUUUGAGCCUGCACUGGAAACUAUUCUUGAGAAAAAAACAGAAGGAGGUGAUAACUAGCUGGCUAAAUUGCCAAGUCAGGUGCAUUGGGGCUGCUGAAUGGGAGAAGAGGUCUAAUAACCAAUGUUGUAAUUUUUAACAGGUUUUUUAGAGAAAAUUGUUACCCAAUCAUUGUUUAGUCUGUAAUAAAAAUUGUGCUGAGCUUGUUUUACAUAAACAAUGUUAUUAGUUGCAAGUCUUUCAGAUAGAUUGUUUCUUCUAAGGACACUUGUUGAGUCUAGUGGUUGUGAAUGAUUGUGUAUAAAGAGUUAAUUAAAUGCAUUAAAAUUUCUCUACCUCGAAUUUGAAUAUAUUUUUUUCAUCUUUUG